CUUUUUCCAGCGCUUCACAGCCAUUUCAAAUUGCAGUAUAUAAGCGCGACUUAAGCAAAAUCUCAGCAAUUUUUCGUAGCUCACCAGUGUUCGUCGUUGACCGUUGCUCGCGAGUGACCAUGUUCGUGAAGAUAGUCCUGAUCUCAGCCCUGGCGGCCGUCACGCACGCCGUCACGCCUGCCUACGUCGCCUCCCCUUACGCCUACGGCGUAGGCCCCACGGCUGCGCCCAUCGUAGCCGCCCCCGUAGCCGCCAGCUACUCCUACCCGGUCGCCUACACCGCACCCAAGGUCGUCGCCCCCGCCCCCGCCUACUCCUACGCCCCCGCAGUCGCCUACUCCGCCGCCGUCCCCGCCGUCAAGACAUACGCCCCCGCAGUCUCCUACGCUGCUGCCGCCCCUGCAGUCUCUUACGCCGCUGUCGCCCCCGCAGUCAAGACCUACGUCCCGGUAGCCCACGAGGAGAUCGACCCGAACCCAUCCUACACGUUCAGCUACGGCGUGUCGGACCCCCACACCGGCGACCAAAAAUCCGCCUCCGAGUCCUUGGUCAACGGCGUCGUCGAGGGACACUACAGUCUGACGGAACCCGACGGCUCGGUGAGGACUGUCAAGUACGUAGCCGACAAGAUCAACGGAUUCAACGCUGUCGUCGAGAAGACCCACGCUAAGGUGGCCGUCGUCAAGCCAGUGGUGCCGUCCUACCAAGUCCACGCCCCUGUCGUAGCCCACGCCCCCGUCGUAGCCCACGCACCAGUUGUAGCCCACGCCCCCGUUGUGAGCUACGCUUCGCCUUACUCGUAUCUGAAGAAACGGGCCACCCCAGUCAGCUCUUAGGCCAUGUGAAUCUCAUUGUAAAUUUGUAGGUAGGAUAGGGUUACAAUUUCUAAUUUAUUCGUUGUUUAGGAAUGUACUGAAUUAAAGUAUUUUUUUAAUUAAAUGCUGUUGCUAAAUUCU